AUGUGUCUUUAUUACUGCAGGAGUGCACCAUCUUACUGCUGCAAGAGUGCACCAUCUUACUGCUGCAAGAGUGCACCAUCUUACUGCUGCAAGAGUGCACCAUCUUACUGCUGCAACAGUGCACCAUCUUACAGCAACAGUGCACCAUUUUACAGCAAGAGUGCACCAUCUUACAGCAAGAGUGCACCAUCUUACAGCAACAGUGCACCAUCUUACAGCAACAGUGCACCAUCUUACAGCAACAGUGCCCCAUCUUACAGCAAGAGUGCACCAUCUUACAGCAACAGUACACCAUCUUACAGCAACAGUGCACCAUCUUACAGCAACAGUGCAUCAUCUUACAGCAACAGUGCACCAUCUUACAGCAAGAGUGCACCAUCUUACAGCAACAGUACACCAUCUUACAGCAACAGUGCACCAUCUUACAGCAAGAGUGCACCAUCUUACAGCAACAGUGCACCAUCUUACAGCAAGAGUGCACCAUCUUACAGCAACAGUGCACCAUCUUACAGCAACAGUGCACCAUCUUACAGGAACAGUGCACCAUCUUACUGCAACAGUGCACCAUCUUACUGCAACAGUGCACCAUCUUACUGCAACAGUGCACCAUCUUACAGCAACAGUGCACCAUCUUACAGCAACAGUGCACCAUCGUAA